GAAAGCUUGGGGUAAGCCUCCCUGGGUCAGAGCCUCCAGCUGUCUCAAGAGCCUGGGGUCCCCUCUCCCCCAAAUCCUGGCACCAUGGGUGGCAUUAUGGACAUUUCCUUCAUGUACCGAUGGUUUAAGAACUUUAAUCUGGUCCCAAACCUCUCCGACAAGUAUGUAUUCAUCACUGGCUGUGAUUCUGGCUUUGGGAACCUCCUAGCUCAGAAACUGGAUCAGCGAGGGAUGCGAGUGUUGGCUACCUGCUUCACUGAGGAGGGAGCCCAGGAACUUCGAAGGGCAUGCUCCCACCGGCUUCAGAUCACCUUUUUGGAUGUCACCAAGACAGAGAGCAUCAAGGCGGCGGCCCAGUGGGUGAAUGCCCAAGUGGGAGACCGAGGGCUCUGGGGCCUGGUGAAUAAUGCUGGAGUGGGCCUACCCAGUGGCCCCAAUGAGUGGCUGACCAAGGAGGACUUUGCAAAAGUGAUAAAUGUGAACCUGAUAGGAAUGAUUGAGGUGACUCUGAACAUGCUUCCAAUGAUCAAGAGAGCCCGGGGCAGGGUCGUCAACAUGUCCAGCAGUGGGGGCCGCGUGGCAGUCAUUGGCGGUGGUUACUGCGUCUCCAAGUUUGGUGUGGAAGCCUUCUCUGAUAGCAUCAGGAGGGAGCUCUAUUAUUUUGGAGUGAAAGUCUGCAUCAUUGAGCCUGGAAACUACCGGACCUCCAUUCUGGGCACGGAAGACAUAGAACAACGCAUGAGACAACUGUGGGAGCGGCUCCCCCAGGAGACAAGGAAUAGCUAUGGAGAGCAGUACUACUACCUUUACACGAAAAACUUAAAAAAUAUAACCAGACUGGCAGAACCGAAAAUCAGUGAGGUCACAGACUGUUUAGAGCACGCUCUUACCUCUCGAAAUCCCCGGAUCCGCUAUAAUCCUGGCCUGGACGCCAAACUUCUCUACCUUCCACUGGCCAAGUUCCCCACAGCGCUGACAGACUUCAUUCUGAGCCGAUACCUCCCAAAGCCAGCAGACAGUGUCCUCUGAGGCACUGAGAAGGGGUAUUGGGAUCUGGUAAAGUGCACGGGAGUCCCAGUGUGGCUGAGUGUGAGAAGCCGUUUAUUUCAUCUGAAACCUCCCUCCCCAGGAUUUUUUAUGUCUUUCAUAAGGAGCAUCUCUCACCAAGCCAAUGCUUAAUGCAAACCUAGGAUAAGGUUCCCAGGGUCAGAAAUCCUCUAUAAUGCUGGGAAACCACAAAGAGUAUAAGAAGAAGAACAACCUACAUUUACAUAAUAUUUUCUUGGUUUACAAAACAUUUUGUUACAAUAACUCUGUGAGAUAGGUGGGAAAGUAUUAUUCUUUCAGUUUUACAGAUAAGCAAACUGAGAUCCAGAAAAUUGAAGUGAUUUUUCCAACGUUGCACAUAUAAGUUUGUAGCAGAGGUGGGAUCCAAACCUAGGUCUUCAGAUUCUUCAGCUGGUGGUCUUUCCAUUACACCCAGUUGCAUUGCUUUCUCAGGAGAGCCAAUGACACAGUCUUCUCAGUUUUUUGCUGAAAUGUAAUGCCAAAAUCAAGAAGAGGACAAUUUCCUUCCAAAUAUUUACCCAAUAAAUAUAAUCAGUUCCCAAUUCUCCAAAUUAAAUAAUGAUGAGGAAGUUGUUGGGAGUAAUUUGCAAUAGGAUAUAAUUUUUUAGACUGUCUAUUUUCUAUUUUCAGACUUUGAAUAUAAGGAAAAAUCUCAUCCUCUAACCCUCCAAAUUGGAAGUUGUGAAACAACACUACAAUCAUGUUAUUCAAGUAAAAAUCUUGAAAUGAUUUCGCUAAAAUUUUUCGCUAAAAAUUCUACUGAAUUUUUAUUCAGUAGAUGGAUGCUGUGCAUAUUAAUAAACAUUUACAAUCUCUUCCUUUUAGGAUCUUAUUGUCUAGGGGAAUUGAUGUUGAAAGACACUGAAUUAAUAAAAAUAAUGAAUUAAAAUGUUUCAUAAAGAAGGGACCUUCUCACGCUAACAUUUGUAUAUCACUUUAAGAUU